UAGUACAACUCGUUAAUUAGCAAACAAAAAAGAUAAAAUGAGAAAAAGAAAAAAAAAUAAAUAACCUUGAUAGUGAUAUUGCGGUAGAGAUAACAAAGGAAAAAAGAAAAAGUAAAAUACCUAAAAUGUAACUGAAAGGAAAUUAAUUAGUUAGAGAGAGAAUUGAGUAAUGUUAAAAAAAUGUUAAUAAACCUAUUAAUUAUUUAUCAAAAAUCUAUUAAUUAUUUUGAUGAAAUGGCUUGAAAUUAUUGGUGGCAUUCGAGACCUUGUUAACUACUUUGAUGAAAUGGCUUGAAAGUGGGAGCAGGGGAUUCGGGAAGCAGACUUUUUUUCUAAUAUAAUAUCUCAGUCGCACUCAACUCAACUUAGUCAAUAUAGUUGACUUUAUCCUUGCAAAAACUUGACUACCAUUUAUGUAGAAUGGAACUGACAACUUGAAUUCUACAAGUUAUUUGUCCAUUUGAAUGUGUUCUGCAGCUUCCUCUACCAAAUGGGUGCUUUAGAUUUCUUGGUCAUCCUCAGUUUUAUAGGAUGUUUCUUACAAUCUCAGGCUCAAAGCCUAUCAUGCCACCCAAAUGAUUUUCAAGCAUUACAGGAUUUCGUGAGGGGUUUGGAAACAGUGAUUGAUGGGUGGGAAUCUGAAUCCUAUUCUGAUUGCUGCAAAUGGAAAGGAAUCAAAUGCCAUUCUUCAUCUACAGGGAAAGUUGUAGAGUUAGAUCUUGCAGAGAAGAAACUUUCUGGUAAGCUCUCUCAAUCACUUGGAAAUUUGGAUCAGCUGAAAGUUCUCAAUUUGUCCCACAACUUUUUUAAAGGCUCCCUUCCAAAAUCACUUCUCAACUUACCAAAUUUACAAGUUAUAGACUUGAGCUCCAAUUAUCUAACAGGCCCAAUUUCCACUGCUAUUAAUUUACCUUCAAUACAAGAGUUAGAUAUCUCUGAGAAUUCCUUGGAGGGUUUUCUUUCACAAAGUAUAUGUGACAAUUCUUCUUCACUUAGAUCAUUGAAUCUCCAAAGAAACUACUUGCAAGGUAAUCUUCCAUCACAACUUGGGAAUUGUAGUUCAUUAGAGUACCUUAGUCUUGGCCAAAAUAAUCUUAAUGGUGAAAUAGCAGAAAGUAUAUAUAAGUUGCAGAAGCUAACUCAAUUGAGCCUUAGAGAGAACAAGUUUUCAGGGCUAAUUAGCCAAAGGAUCAGUAACCUCACCAACCUUGUUCAAUUUGACAUAUCUUCUAAUGCAUUUUCAGGAACCAUUCCAGAUGUUUUUCACAGCAUUGGAAAGUUAGAGAAAUUUGUUGCCUUUUCAAAUAAUUUUACUGGUUUUAUUCCUCUGUCCAUGUCAAAUUCUCCCACUCUUACUACACUAAAUCUUAGGAACAAUUCCUUGGAGGGUUUGGUUAAUCUUAACUGUUCAGCAAUGGUAAAAUUGGUUACUCUUGGUUUAGCUACCAAUCGGUUUAGUGGGCCUAUUCCAGAUAAUCGCCCUUCAUGUCAAGCUCUGAGUACUUUAGAUCUUUCUCGCAAUAGAUUCACAGGUCAAAUACCAGAAAGCUUCAAGAAUUUUCAUAGUCUUUCUUACUUCUUUCUUUCAAAUACCAGCAACUCUAAUCUUUCUUCUGCCUUGAGAAUCUUUCAGCAUUGUGAAAACCUUAGUACUUUGAUCUUCACCUUAAACUUUCAUGGUGAGCAGUUGCCAGCUGAUCCUACUCUUCAUUUCAAAAAGUUGAAUGUUCUCAUUAUUGCUAACUGCAGACUCAGAGGCUCAAUACCACAAUGGUUGAGUAGAAGCAGCCAAUUGAAGCUAUUGGAUUUGUCAUGGAACCACUUGGAUGGAACAAUUCCUUCAUGGUUUGGUGAUUUCAAGUUCCUCUUUUACUUGGACUUAUCAAACAACUCAUUCAGUGGCAAAAUCCCAAGAAGAAUAACUGAGUUAAGAAGUCUUACUGAUAUGGAUGUAUCCCUGGAAAAAUCUCCAAUGGACUUUCCCUUUUCAUUGAAGAGAAAUGUAAGUUUAAGUGGGUUGCAAUACAAUCAACUAAUGAGUCUUCCACCAACUCUAGACUUGAGUUAUAACAAGGUUAGUGGAUCAAUCUUGCCCGAGUUUUGUAAUCUUAAAAAGCUUCGAUAUUUAGAUUUGAAAUUUAACAACCUAUCAGGACCAAUCCCAAGUAACUUGGCAGGGUUGAGAAACUUAGAGGCAUUGGAUUUUUCACACAACAAACUUUCUGGGACGAUUCCCUCAUCAUUGGAAAGUCUAAGCUUUCUAUCAAAGUUUAAUGUUGCUUACAACCAAUUGCAUGGAAAGAUCCCUUUAGGGGGUCAGUUUUCAACCUUUCCAAGUUCAAGUUUUGUUGGAAAUAUUGAUCUUUGUGGUGAUGAUUACACAAAUAUUAUUUGUGCAAAACAUGAGUCUUCCAAUAUUCCAAGGGAGGCAACCCAUCAAUCACAAAGAGAUGAAAGCUUUACAAAUGGGAUAAUUGUUGGAGUUGCCUUUGGUUUUGUGUUUGUGUUUGGAGCUUCAUUAUUCCCUGAAAUCUUAAGAUAUGCUGGCCCCAUGAAGAGAUUAAGGACUCACUAAAUGAGCAUUAAUCCAACUUGAAAUAGUUCAAAUAUUAUAAUGUGGAAAUUAACAUUCGGCUUCAAUGGCUUGUUUUGUUUAUGUGUUUGGGUGGUGUUUAUUUGUUUCUACAGGGUAUGGAAGUUGUGAAAUUAUUAUGUGUUUGUUUUGUGAUGGCCUUUUCAGCCUUUGUUCAAUGUAAUUUGUGCUCUUCCUUGGUUCCAACCCUGAUGACAGGAAAAGUACCUUUGGCA